ACGGUGGACUUACAGUCAAAUUUGUUGCCAUCCUUUCAAGUCUGAACCCGCCUCUUUAAAAAGCGAGACUGAAACCGAAUACCUUGUGAAUUGUGAUCCAUAAUCAUAGCCAUAACCAUAUAAGCUUUGUUCAUCAGUGUUGUGACCAAUGGCAACAGUGCACUUCUUUAGCGCUAAUGGUGGUGUUGGAGAAACUAGCUACGCUAACAACUCCUCAUUCCAAAGUAAGGUGAUUUCCAAAGUGAGACCUAUAUUGGAAGAAAGUAUAACGACCGUCUGUUGCAACUCUAUCCCAAGCUGUUUCAAGGUGGCGGAUUUAGGUUGCUCUUCGGGACCAAAUGCACUUCAAGUUGCAUAUGAUGUUAUUGACAUUGUUGAUAACGUAAGUCGCAGCUUGGACCGUGAGCUACCCACGUUCCAAAUUUUCCUCAAUGAUCAAUUUCGAAACGAUUUCAAUAACAUCUUUGAGUCACUACCUUACUUCUAUGAAAGGCUACGACAAGAGAAAGGAGAGAGAUUCAGUUCAUGUUUCGUUAAUGCAACCCCCGGCAGCUUUUAUGGGAGACUCUUUCCCACCGAUUCCAUGCACCUUUUUAAUUCCUCCACUAGUCUUCAUUGGCUCUCUCAGGCUCCAAAGGGGUUAGCUAAGGGAACAGGUUUGGUUAACAAGGGAAACAUUUAUUUUUCAAAUACAAGCCCGUCUACAGUGUACGAAGCAUACCUUGAGCAAUUUCAACAUGAUUUCAAUGCAUUUCUAAAAUCACGUGCAGAAGAAUUAGUGCAUGGUGGCGGCAUGGUUCUGUCAUUAACAGGCAGAGAUGAAACUUGUGAAAUGGUAACUCCUUGGGGAUUAAUUGGUUUGGCACUCAAUGACUUGGUUUCGGAGGGUUUGAUUGAAGAGGCAAAAUUGGACUCCGUUAAUAUGCCAAGAUAUGGUCCCACGGCUAAGGAAGUGAAACAACUGAUUGAGACAGAAGGGUCUUUUACUCUUCAAAAGUUGGAAACCCUUAAGUCACGUUGGGAUGAGGGUUUUAAGGAGAAUGGUGAUGGUGAGUUUGUUUCUGAUGUAAACGACAGAGCCAAUUUCAUAGCCAAAUACGUGAGAGCUACUACUGAACCUUUUCUGACGGCACAGUUUGGUGAAGGAAUAAUUGAUGACUUAUUCCUUGGAUUUAAAAAGAAGGUUGUGAAACUGUUGAACGAAAGGAAAUUAGAGCAUGCUACUGUCGUCAUGUUCAUGACCAGAAAAUGAGAGAUAUUACUCGAGCUGAAGAAUAAUCUUUUGAUGAUGUUUUUGCUUUUUAAAAUAUGUUAAUCAGUCUUUUGAGUUAAAUAAAAAUGUUAAUCUUCGCUUC